CCUGUAGGCUGCGGCGGGUGGACAGCCCCAGGAAUAAGGAUACAGCUAGUUAGCUGUGUGCGUGUGCGGAGCCCACAAACCCCGACAGGAUCGUGCGGCUCCCAGAUCCCGACCCGCUGGGCUUCAAACUUUAUUCUGGAGGAGCUGGUAUGGAGUAAAAGGAGCGGAGGGAGUGCGGGCUCCUCCCCCUGUGGUGGCCUGGCAACAUCAUGGCGUCUCGGCUGUUGGACCGCCUGAAGCGCUCGCUGUUUAAAGAUGGUCAGGGGCUGGAACCUGAGCAGGAAGAAGGUGGCGGGCCGGAAGAGGAGGCGUUCAAGCAGGAUCACUGGGAGGACGAGCUGGCGGAGGAUGAGGAGUGUGUAACCGAUCGGCUCGGAGGGAUGCUGUGCUUCGACGGCACAGACGGCGGUCUGGAGGACGGAGCCGAGGGUGAAGGGUCAGGACAGGACAGCGACUCUGACUUCCUGGGAGAGUCGAUGGAGGAUGGUCCCAGCAGCAUGGACACCAGUCCUGUGGGUAUUUCCCCAGUGGGCCACUCCUCCUCUUCCUCCUCCUCCCUGCUGACUCGGCAGCUUCAGGAGAGCUGGAGGGGUUUGCGCGGACUCAGUGGAGGAAGCUCUGUGUCCUCUGUGAGAUGGCAGACGGACAGCGUGUUGUUUGAGGUGACCGACGCCAGCGUGGUGCAGGACGGCUCCUCAAAAUAUGUGCUGUACACGAUCCAUGUGAUCCAGUCUGGCGCGAGCGAUAAGAUUCCUGCCAUCAUCACGCGUCGGUACUCUGACUUUCGGCGCCUCCAUGCCACUCUUCGCCGUAAACACGGCGAGCACAUGGAGCGUUUCUGUUUCCCACGAAGAAAACUCAGGAGGAACUUCACAGCAGAGACGAUCGCUAAGCGGAGCCGGGCGUUUGAACAGUACCUGUCUCACCUGUGUUCCCUGCAUGCCCUGCGGGGGGCGCUGUGUGUCCGUCAGUUCUUCUACUUAACCGACUUGGAGACUGGACAGCUGCUCAUCAGGGCGGGACGUUACCAGGAUGCCUUGGGUCCUCUGCUCAAUGCCAAGAGACUGCAGCAGAAACUGGGAUGGGCAAGUUACUAUGACAACCAGACUCAGGCCCCUCCUCCAACCUCCUCCCAUUGGUUCUUCACCCUGGUGGGACUGUCGAGCUGUUUCCAGCAGGUGGACCAGCUGGAGGAGGCUCGAGAUCACUGUGACCACGCCCUGCGUGUUCUCACCCCCACAGAAACUCAGACUAACACAGAGGAUAAGCCCCUCCCACCUGACAAUAAGCCCUUCCAACCGUCGGAGACAUCGCGUCUGGACGACGACAGGCCACACCCCUUGCUGUUGCCGCUGUUACGAGUGAUGGUUCGGCUGUCGUGGCAGACGGGAAAAGACAAGCGACAGUGGGAGGAGCUUCUGCAGCAUCUGGAGGAGCGGUGGGUGGGGCUAGACAAUCAUCCAACCAUCAAAGAAUUUCUGGUUAAACACAACCUGCAGGAUGGCGAGGGUGAGGGCUAAAGAGCGCGCACGCUGCAGAGGGCAAUCAGUACGGUACGGGUCGAGUGUUAGAGCCACUGCAGGGGAAACAAAGCCGAGAUUUUCAAAAUAAAAUCUGAAUGUUUUGAGUAA